AUGUCUGACAAGCCCGACAAUGAUCUCGAUCAGGACGGCCCCGAAGAUGCCCGUCCCGAUGUCGCCGCCGCCGUCGACGAGCUCCUGAACACCCUGUCGACCAAGUUUGCCAGCAUCUCGUCCGAGAUGGCUGCCAAGAUGGACGAAAUGUCAAAGCGUAUUGACCGUCUCGAGGCCGAGUUGACGGAAAACAAGGCCCAGGACGGGGGCUCAACCAAGCCGUAA